AUUUCUUGAUUUGAAGCCGAGGAAGCGUCGAUUAUACCCUCUUUCGGCUGUGACAAGUCACGCUGCACAAAGUGAGCGACAUGGCGACCCCAGGGAGCUCUGAUGAAGGGGAGAUUAUGGAGCGUGGCGGUGGGAGAUCCAAGGCAACUACACUACCUCACUCUCGUGGAGCUGGUGUUGACCGUCUCGACAGACACCGAGCUAGAUCCCCUGGAUCGAGAUCGCCUGACUAUCCUCGAAGUCCGAGGCACCGCCAGUCUCAUCCAGCGCGACGAAGCCGUUCUCCACGCGGUAACAAGCGACCUCGAGAUGACCGAGACCGCUUCUCCGGCAACGGCCACGCAGACAACGACCAUCGUCGAUUCCGAGUACACUACGAAGACGCACGUGAGCGCAAUAAUCGCUCACGCCUCUCGUACGAUGACGAAGACAGGCCAUCAUACUCUUCCACAGCUCUACAUUACGACGACCGGGAUCGGGAACGCGAGUAUACCCGAGGAUCCGGUAGAGAUCGAAGCAGAGAUCGGGACUUCGACCGACAUACAGACAAACGCUCACGGCGUCGAUCGCGGACUCCCGAGAGAGCUUCACACCGUGGCGCCAACGAUCGCUCUGGGCCGCGACGCAACGAUGAACGGCAAAUGAGGAAUGGUCCUGGCGAUGGACGCCAAGCCGAUAUGCGCCGCCAACCCGAAGUAUCUCGACCACAUAAUGAGCCCUUAUCUAGCACUAAACUUGGUCGUGCAGAUGACACCUCAUUAAAUGGCAAAUCAGGCACCGACACAGUGGUCGACGAUCGAGACUUCGAAGAAGAGAAACCCGUAGACGUCGAAGCCGAGAUUGAGCGACGCCGGAGACGGCGCGAAGAGCUGCUGGCGAAGUCGCGAGGUGGGACACCGAUGCUAGUCCAAGCUCUACAAACAUCGGCGAGGGCAGUCGAAACCCCACAAUCCAUUGCGACAAGAGGAAGCACUCCAAUGGCAAUAGAUACGCCAGGAUCCGUUGUGUCGUCUCCGGCAUCGCCUUCCACCCCAUUCCGGGAUGGUUUGUCACCUGCGCCACCAGAUCUGUCCAAAGACCCUGGCUCCUUGAUGUCCAAUAGCAGGUCAGCCGCCGGUGAGGAAGACGGGCCCUCAGCUGCCGACUAUGACCCGACGGUAGAUAUGCGGGAGGACGAGCUUCGUGACGAAAUGCGACACGGUCAGAUCGGGCCACACGGAGAACGACUUCCGGUUGAUCAAAAAGCCGCAAUUGCGCCUGUGCAGCCUGACGAAGAGUUGAAGAAGGCGGAUGCUGACGAUGACGACGAUGGAUUCGAUAUGUUCGCAGAGGAGAUCGACGAGGACAAGUUGGUUGCGCCAAAGCCUAUGCCAUCAUCUACUGUCCUGGACGACCGUAAGCUCCCGGCAACACUCACUCAAGCCAAAGCUGGAGGUAUCCUGGAAGGAGACGACCUGGAUGGGUACUACAAGAUUCGUAUCGGUGAAAUUAUGGAUGGUCGCUACCAGGUACAGUCGACCCUCGGCAAGGGCAUGUUCUCUGGAGUGGCCCGGGCCGUGGACAUCACCAACAAAAAGCUCGUCGCCAUCAAGAUGAUGCGAAACAACGAUGCUUUGCGAAAGGGCGGCUUCACCGAGAUCGCGAUUCUGCAAAAGCUAAACGAGGCUGACCCAGAGAAUCGCAAGCACAUUGUCAAGUUCGAACGUUACUUUGAACACAAAGCUCACUUGUGUCUUGCCUUUGAGAAUUUGAGCUACAACCUCCGCGAGGUUCUCAAGAAGUUCGGCAACAAUGUCGGCAUCAACUUGAGCGCAACACGCACGUAUGCUCAUCAGAUGUUUGUGGCACUCGCACAUUUGCGUAAGUGCUCCAUAGUUCACGCCGAUCUUAAACCCGACAAUAUCUUGACGGAUGAGAAAUGCACCAUCCUCAAGAUUUGUGAUCUAGGUACUGCGAUCGACAAGUCGGACGCGGCGACUGCGCACAACGAGAUCACGCCCUAUUUGGUCAGUCGCUUCUAUCGUGCGCCAGAGAUCAUGCUCGGCAUGCCAUAUGAUUAUGCGAUCGACAUGUGGUCAGUCGGCUGCACACUCUAUGAGAUGUACACGGGCAAGAUCCUGUUUACCGGCAGCAGCAACAACCAGAUGCUCAAGGCCAUCAUCGAAGUUCGUGGCAAGUUCAGUGCGAAGCUUUACAAACGCGGUGAGCUCGCGCCAUUGCACUUCGACGAAAUGGGCAACUUCAUCAGCGUCGAGCAAGACAAAGUUCUUGGAAAGACGACCGUCAAGACUCUGGCUGUGGUCAAGCCAACUCGUGAUUUACGCACCAGGCUCAUGGCUGCUUCAUCUGGUCUCAGCGAAAUAGCCCUCCGCGAUCUCAACCACUUCGUCGAUUUGCUUGAGAGAUGUCUGGCACUGAAUCCUGACAAGCGAAUCACCCCAGUUGAAGCCUUGAAGCACCCCUUCUUCAGCUCGAAAACCGCUGUCGCUUUCAAGCAAAAGUAGCCGCAGCCGUCCAGGUGUGCGAAGAGCAAACUCUCCAAGAGUGCUCUCAGUCCUUGACAGCAUGGACACGGUGUUGCCCAAAACCGGACCCUGGCAGGGACAGUCAGGAGGCUUACAUAGCCUGCACGACCUCCCUUUUGGACUGGUGUCAAGUUGACGAUGUAGAUAUUCUAGAACGAUAGAAAUGUAUAUCCUCUUUGGUCCUUGCUUUUGCCGCUAUCCGCCGCGCCAACGAAUCCAUAUUUCUGGACCUGUCUCCCCAAAGCCAAGGUGGACA